UUAGAUUUCUGCUAUAUCAGAAUCAAUUGUUCGUCAAUGUGAAAAAUUACUUGAUACAGAAAAUAUAUCAAAUAUACCAAUUUCACUUAUUUAUCAAUCAUGGUCUGGUGUUAUGAUUGAUUCAUAUAAUUCAUAUUUUUCACGUAGUGUACAAGCUCAAACAACAUUAAAACAAUGUCAAAAUAAAAUAGCUUAUUGCCUUCAAAUUCCGAUUGAAUAUAUAACACGAGAAAUUACUGAAUUUAUUCUAUUACCAAUUCGACAUAUUUGUCUUUUAAAUGAUUUAUUUCAAUCAGAAAUUAUUGAACAUCCACCUAUUAUAAAUAGUAUUGAUUGGAAAAUUAUAGAAGAUAUAAGAUUUCUUGCACGACAAACUCAUGUUAUUCUUCAACCAUCAGAUAUAACUCAACAUGAUAAUACAAUAUCAACAUUAGAAUCAUCAAUUUAUUGUGCACCGAAUGUAACACUUGAAACAUCACAAGAUACAACUAUACAACCAGAAAUCACAUCAACUAUUGUUCUUCAACGUACAAAUAGAGAACCAUGGGAACCUAAACGAAUUGAAUUAUCAGAUUUAAGACUUUUAUUUACUCGAAUUGAUCGAACAAAUAUAUGUUCAUCAUUGACAUCAAGUGUAUCUUUAGCAAAUGUUGUACAUGUACAAGAAGAUCGUUCAAAUGAAGAAUUACGUUUAGUUGUAGCUGGAACAAUGAGUAAAUCAUCAAAACAUUCAUCGGUUAAAAUGAUGCGUGUACAUUUACGUUUUGAACAUACAAAUGAAUAUAUUGUUUGGUUUCAUCAUUUAACAAAUGCUAUUCAACAAGCUAAAGAUCAAAGUUGGACAAAAAAAAAUGAACUUGUUAUUUAA